AUGUCAAGUGAUUCAAAAGUUAAACCGAAAGAUGUUCAAUUAAGUUGGACAUCGAAUAUUAAUGCUGAUGGGGAGUAUAUUCGUGCAGUCUCAACAUUUCGCAAUAGAGUCAAAGCUGAUGGAAGUGGAUUUUUUCCAGCGGAAAGUGGCCGGUAUCACUUGUAUAUCUCUUUUGGUUGUCCUUGGGCUCAUCGAACACUACUCUAUAGAAAAUUGAAAGGCUUAGAAAACGUUAUUACUGUUGAUGUUGUCGAUUGGCAUCUUGCUGAAGGUGGUUGGAAAUUCAAUCCCGACAGACCCGGUUGUACAACGGACAGAGUCAAUAACUUUGAAUAUUUAAGUCAAGUGUAUCAUCUAUCCGAUCCUGACUAUAAUGGACGUGUUACUGUACCUGUCCUAUUUGAUAAAGUCAAAAAUAUUGUUGUUAACAACGAAUCUAGUGAGAUAAUAUCCAUGCUAAACAGCGAAUUUAAUGAAUUUUGUGCUACACCGGAACAACGCGAGUUGGAUCUACGUCCCUCUCACUUAGCUUCAGAGAUUGAUGAAUUGAAUAGCUGGAUAUACGCGCAAAUCAAUAAUGGGGUUUAUCGUGCUGGCUUUGCCAGGAAACAACCUGCUUAUGACCGAGCAGUAAUUGAAGUCUUUGAAGGAUUAGACAAAGUCGAAGGAAUUCUUGCUAAAAAUCGUUACCUUACAGGAAAAGAAAUAACGGAAGCUGAUGUUCGAUUAUUUGUUACAUUGAUUCGGUUCGAUUUAGUCUACGUGCUACAUUUUAAGUGCAACCUCAAACGCAUUAUUGACUAUCCUAAUAUCUGGGGCUAUGUGCGUGAUAUAUAUCAGACACCAGGAAUAAGCGAUACCAUCAAUUUUGAACAUAUGAAAAAGCACUAUAUGGUCAGCCAUGACAGCAUUAAUCCCCGCGCUAUUGUUGCUAAAGGACCAGCUAUUGAUUUCAAUUUACCUCAUGAUCGAAAGAAAUUGGAUCAAUAA